CCAUCGACUUGCCAGCUGAUGAUUGCUUAAUUACAUUAGUGCAUGCUUGUUAGGUACAAGCCUACAAAUUAAGUUGUUCUCUUGUCUUUUCCAUAUGAUCAACGAUGGCAACUGAGCAAGUCCUUCACAUGAAUGGAGGUACCGGAGAAACAAGCUACGCUAACAACUCUACGUUUCAAAAAAAUGCUAUACUCCGUACAAAACAUAUCAUGGAAGAGUGCAUAAUCAAAUUGUAUCGGUCAACUUCACCAGAAUGUUGGAAAGUGGCGGAUUUAGGGUGCUCAUCGGGUCCAAAUACACUUAUGGUAGCAUCUACUACUGUCAAAGUAGUUGAUGCCAUGAGUCAAACCUUGAAUCAAGACCCACCCAUGUACCAAUUUUUCCUGAAUGAUCUAUAUGGCAAUGAUUUCAAUAACAUAUUUAAGUCACUCCCUGAUUUUUACAAGAGGAUGGAAGAGGAAAUUGGUCACAAAUUUGGACCAUGUUUCAUUAGUGGCACCCCUGGCACAUUUUAUGGGAGACUCUUCCCCAACCAUUCCAUUCACUUCUUUCAUUCUUCAAGCACCUUGCACUGGCUUUCUCAGAUUCCGAAGGAGUUGAAUAGUGAAGUAGAAAAGCCAAUGAACAAAGGAGCAAUAUGUCUCACAAAGGCAAGCCCUCCAGGAGUUCACAAAGCCUAUAGUGAGCAAUUUCAAAGAGACUUGAAGGUGUUCUUGCGAUCACGUUCAGAAGAAUUGAUUCCUGGUGGUGCUAUGGUCCUUUCUAUGAUCAUUUUAGACCAAAAUCAUAAUACAAUCAAUGGUUGGGAGGUAAUUGGUGCAAUACUCAACAACAUGGUCUCAGAGCACAAGGUUGAGAAGAGAAAGUUAGACUCAUACAACAUAUCAUCAUACUUUCCUACGGCUGAAGAGGUUAGGCAAGUAAUUGAAGAAGAAGGAUCGUUUAACAUUCAAAGGAUGGAGAAAAUAAUAUAUGAUAUAGUGGAGAGUGUAAUGGAGACUAGUAAUGACGACUCUUUUAUUCAUGAGGAUGAAGACGCAAUUGGAGAGAGGCAAGCCAGGACCAUAAGAGCCGUAAGUGAACCUAUUUUGAAGGCAGAAUUUGGGGAGGAAAUUAUGGAUGAAUUGUUCACAAGGUUCAAAAGCAAAACCAUCCAACUCAACAGAGUAAAGAAAUUGAAGGGUGCUACUCUAGUCGCCUACAUGACAAAAGAUACUUGACAAUGAGACAUGAGAAAUAAUAUAUCUUACGGUUGGUUGAACUGUACCCUUUUGUCUUUUAUUAUCCUAAUAGAGUUUCCUUUGUAAUAACUUGCCGUAUGUGCCAAAUAUUGUUGAGUUUUGGUGGUAAGUCCCUAUACCUAUCCUCAAUGACUCAAUGGGUUUAAGCCUGUAUAGUCAUUUACGAAGAGAGACUUUUACUAUAAAAGUUUAUUUGUAGAUAAAUUAUUAUCUAUGCAACGGAUGGGGUCUCUCCACCCAAAUUCAUCCAAUUAUAUAAUCCAAUAAACAGAAAAGAAAGAAGAAAACUCACGUGGGAUAAGUGAUUUAACAAAAUAACAACCAAAGUUUCCCUGUGAGAAGUAGGAGAAAGGACUAAAACAGGUAAACAAGAAACCGGUAAUCAUAAAUGUCAAGUUACUGACCUUCAUAUAAGUAUAACUUAUUGUCUGCAUUUGAUAAAAACAAAAUAACCUAAAU